AAAAAAUAAUCAACUAAUUAAUGAAUUUUAUUAGUCAACCAUGUUGUUUUCAUUUCUUCAAAAUAUCUCUGAUCAGCGUUUAAUAUUUAUAGAAGAGCCAUUCACCAAGUUCUGCUGCAUCUUCUCCAUUUCUUCACGCGCUCUCAGCAUACGAAAAUCAAUCCAAUCAAUCCCUCCAACAGAAUCACUCAGUUUCGAUUUGGCAAUUUAGGGUUUAUACAACACUAUCCCAAACCCCUCUCGCAGUCCGUGGAUGGGUGAGGAGGGAAUGGUCGCCAACAAAAAGCUCACGAUCCUGCCCCUCAUCGCCCUAAUCUUCUACGAGGUCUCAGGCGGCCCCUUCGGCGUCGAGGACUCCGUCAGAUCCGGCGGCGGCCCCCUCCUCUCUCUCCUCGGCUUCCUCGUAUUCCCCUUCUUCUGGAGCAUCCCGGAGGCCCUGGUCACGGCGGAGCUCGCCACCAGCUUCCCGGCCAACGGCGGCUACGUCCUCUGGAUCUCGUCGGCCUUCGGCCCCUUCUGGGGCUUCCAGGAGGGCCUCUGGAAGUGGUUCAGCGGGGUCAUGGACAACGCGCUCUACCCGGUCCUCUUCCUCGACUACCUCAAACGCUCCUUCCCGGUUUUCGAACAGACGGCCGCACGGAUCCCGGCCCUGCUGGCCAUCACGGUCGUGCUGACGUAUUUGAACUACAGAGGACUUCACAUCGUGGGCUACUCAGCCGUCUUACUCGCUUGUUUCUCGCUUUUCCCGUUUCUCGUGAUGGGCCUUUUGGCCGUACCCCGUCUCCAGCCCAGGAGAUGGUUUGCCAUGGAUUACCGGAAGGUGAGCUGGCGGGGCUACUUCAAUAGCCUGUUUUGGAACUUGAACUAUUGGGAUAACGCCAGUACGCUGGCAGGGGAGGUUGAGAAUCCAGCCCGGGCCUUCCCUAGGGCCCUGUUUGGGGCAAUUGUUCUUGUGGUGUGCUCGUAUUUGGUUCCUCUGCUUGCCGGUACAGGGGCUGUUCAGACGGACCCCGGAGAUUGGAGUGACGGGUAUUUUGCAGAGGUGGGGAUGUUGAUCGGAGGCCAGUGGCUGAGGUGGUGGAUUCAGGCGGCUGCCGCCUUCUCGAACUUGGGUCUGUUUGAGGCUGAGAUGAGCAGUGAUGCUUACCAGCUUUUAGGGAUGAGCGAGAUUGGGAUGCUUCCAGCAGUGUUUGCUUCCAGAUCAAAAUACAACACGCCCACAUUCAGCAUCUUGUGCUCUGCAUCAGGCGUGAUACUCCUAUCUUGGAUGAGCUUUCAAGAAAUCCUCGAAUUCCUCAACUUCCUUUACGCAAUCGGCAUGCUUUUCGAAUUCGCUGCAUUCAUAAUGUUACGAAUAAAAAAGCCAGAUCUACACAGACCCUACCGAGUCCCCCUACAAACUACUGGCUCGAUUUUCCUCUGCUUGCCACCUGUACUCUUACUGGCACUGGUCAUGUCCCUUGCAUCUCUUAAUACAUUCCUAGUCACUGGUAUUGUAAUUUUGUUCGGGUUUGCUCUCUAUCCAGCUUUGAUUCAAGCAAAGGAGAGAAAAUGGGUUGAUUUCCACUCAGAUAUCGGAUUAGGCUCGGGUGGGGAUAAUCUCGAGAGACAAGGGGUUGUGUUGGAAGAUGAGCAGGUAUCGUCUCCUUAUGCACUGGGCAUGGCCCCAGUGGCUCGGCUUAGCCUAUCUUUCGCUACUUUUUUUUUACGCUACUCUUUUCGGAUCAAAGGAUGCCAUGGCCAAAGAUUUGUUCAAAAUCGAACCUCCAUCCAACGGCUCGCACAGCCCCUGGCACAAAUGUUGACAUUGUUCUGCGGGUUCGUUCUAGGUUUGCUCGCACAGCCCCUCGAGAUGGAAUCUGGGCAGAAAGGAAAUAUCCCGCAUAUGACGGGUAUUUCUAGAGACGGUCUUCAUCAUUGGGGGCAUUUAGGGCAGUUCAGCCGUGACAGACGUCUGGUCGUCUCUAUCGUGUUUGCUGCGAUGCUUCAUGUCAUGUAUCAAAAUACAACACGCCCACAUUCAGCAUCUUGUGCCGUGCGCGUGAUACUCCUAUCUUGGAUGAGCUUUCAAGAAAUCCUCGAAUUCCUCAACUUCCUUUACGCAAUCGGCAUGCUUUUCGAAUUCGCUGCACUCAUAAUGUUACGACUUAAAAAGCCAGAUCUACACAGACCUUACCGAGUCCCCCUGCAAACAAUGGGCUCAAUUUUCCUCUGCUUGCCACUGGUCAUGUCCCUUGCAUCUCUUAAUACAUUCCUAGUCAGUGGUAUUGUAAUUUUGUUCGGGUUUGCUCUCUAUCCAGCUUUGAUUCAAGCAAAGGAGAGAAAAUGGGUUGAUUUCCACACAGAUAUCGGAUUAGGUUCGGGUGGUGACAAUCUCGAGAGACAGGUGGUUGUGUUGGAAGAUGAGGCAGCUCGAGGCCUUUUAGCAGGAUCGUCUACUGAUUUUUCGCACGAGGACUUUGUGAAAUCGGAGUAG